CAGUCAGUAUCAAUCUGACGGGCUCUCGAGCAGGUCGAGCCAAUCUAUUCCCCUCCCGAAAGCAUCGUUUGUUAUUCAGUGCUAUGCGGUGUCGCGAAUAUAAUUGACAAGAGACGGUACCGCUCACUCUCGAAAGCUAUUUUCGGACGGCGCGCGUAUUAUAUAAAUACAUAAAACUCGUUUGUUCGCCAACACUUGCCUCAAUUCGCUUUGCAUCGCACCAGAGGAGUUUCAUUGAGCUUCGACGAGAUGCUCAAGAAAAGCAAUGAGUACAAGAUGCACCUGAGCAAGAUCAAUGGUCAUCCGAUCAACGGGGAGUCGGGCAUGAUGAUCAAGUCGAUGGUCGAUCACCACGAGCACCACCUCAACCUGCAGCCGCAGCACCACCAGCAGAACGGCGGCCGGUGCGCGAGUUCCCACAACCCGCCGCGGCAGCAAGACAGCGGCCUCGGCAGUACCCUGUACCCUGAGGAGGAAGACACUUCCUCCGACUGCAGCCCGGCGGCUUCCGAGAGCCCCAGCCCCGCGCCCCAGGGCCUCCAGGUCUCCGCCAGCGCCCCACCCUUGCCGGCCAACCCACCCCCGAACAUCUCUGCCAAUCUCGCCAAGGGAAAAGUGAUCAUCAGACCGGUGGCCUGCAGACCAACCCCCAGCCCUGGCGCCAGGUUGCUCGGCGGCAGGAUAGGUGAGCGCUAUGGCUCCACUCCAAGUCUAGUGCAUAGACCUGGAUCCAGACUUGCAUUGUAUGGAAGCAGCAAUGACCUACGGCCCUACAGCGGAAGCACAGUGACCAACUACAACUCGCUCGACCGCAAACUGACUUCGGCCAGCUCAGGUCGUUUCGACGUCAUGAGUCCGCCGUCACGCCGCGUCGGCCUCUACCUUUGCGACCCCUCGUCAAAUACCUGCACCUCUCUGCCACCCGUGCCGCCGCCACCGAUUCCCCAUGACAGCGGAAGCAGCAGUAGGGGCAGUUUACCACCCUCGCCGGAGGGUUCGGACACUGGAGAACUGGAGCUCGCGUUGCGGGAGCGAGACGCCGAAAUCGGACAGCUGAGGGACACCCUGGAGCGCAACGAAGCGGCCAUUUUCACUGUUUACGAGGAGAAGGAACGCGCCUGGGAAAGGGAGCUCAGGAAAUUGCGGGCGCUGUACGAAACGCGCCUCAGGGCGAGCCAGCAGAAGUCCCUGAGGGUUGAGCAGACCCUCGCCUCGCACACCUACCAGUUACAACAAGAAAUUCGGCGGUUGAAACAAGACCUCAAUGCGGCGAAUGUUGAAAAUCAGAACAAUUCUUCACUCGUGAGCGAGCUGCGCCAAGAACUUGCCGUCCUCAGGACCAGACUUGACGACACUGAAUGGGGUUUGUGCCACAAGUCGGGCGAACUGGCCCUCAUCAAGGCCCAACUCAAAGACUCUCAGGGUGAACAAGCUAAUAGAAGUCAUGAUCUGAUCAAUCUCCGGGCCGAGUUAAGAGACACAAACGCCAAACUGGAAGCCAGUGAGAAAAAAGCCGAGCAACGUCUUGCUCAGGAACGAGCCGCUUUUCAGGAAGAACGCCUCACAUGGCUUAGGGAAAAAGAGCAGGUUCUCCACUACCAGCGAAGGUUGCAGCUCAACUAUGUUCACAUGUACCGCCGCACUCGCACCCUGGAAAACCAGCUCGAAGGUCUCAACAUCAAAAGCCCAAUCAGCAACUCGGUGCUCGACGACGAGAACCCAAAGGCUGUGCUUUUGAAGCCUGUUGCGAGAAAAACUUUGACCCCUACCAAUUCAACUACUCUCGUACCUGCCCUCGAUAAUCACACUAUUGAGCUGUAGUGAAAAAUAAUUUCAGUAUUUUUCUUGAUUCUUUUACUGAUGCUGUUAAUAUUUGUGCCUAUUUUUAAAAUGUAAAUAUCCAUUUAAAAUAUUAAUUCUAUAUCCUGACUUAACAAAAACAACUUUUGUGAAUAUAAUUAUUAAUUGUAUAAAUAUUUUUAUAAUUUGAUCCACCACUGACGAAGAAGAGCUUGUUCUUGCAAUUAGUAUGUAGCACAAACGCAGCCAACUCCUUUUAAUUCUUUGUAGCUACCAAGUAGCAGACGCUUUGUCAAGGAACUGCAAAAAUUAAUCUCUUAAUCUUUUUAAUUGCGAUCAUUUAUGUUCACCCUUUUGUAAUUUAUUUGAUUCUUUAUUCCUUUAUAACUUUAGAAAAAAGUGUAUCAUGUACUGUUGAGAACAAAAAAAAGUCAUAAAAAUUUUACCUAAAAACUUAUUUUGACGUGGUUUCUUCUUGCUAGGCUUAAAUAAAUUUACGCAAAUACAAAUUUUUACUUUUGUUUUGCUUAAUUUAUUCACAUUUUUUAAAUUACCAAUUGCAAUGAAUGAAAUAUACAUAUU